CGGGCCCGGACCUUCCACACCGCACAGCGCCGCACCUCGCACCCCGUCCGUCUCCGUCCAGUCGCCCGCGCCGCACAGCCCUCUCCAGCCCCGGGCCCACCCCGCCCCGUGACCAUGUUGGUGCUUCUGGUCUUUAUCAUCAUCUUCCACAUCACCUCCUCAGCCCUGCUGUUCAUAGCCACCAUCGACAAUGCCUGGUGGGUAGGAGAAGGCUUCUCUGCCGAUGUCUGGAGAGUGUGCAGAAAUGACUCGAAUUGUACAGAAAUCAAUGAUUCCUUCUCAGAAUACGCCACGCUGCAGGCCGUGCAGGCCUCCAUGAUCCUCUCCACCAUCCUGAGCUGCAUCGCCUUCCUCAUCUUCCUGCUCCAGCUCUUCCGCCUCAAGCAGGGAGAGAGAUUCGUUUUAACCUCAAUCAUCCAGCUCAUGUCGUGUCUGUGUGUCAUGAUUGGGGCUUCCAUUUAUACAGACCGGCGCCAGGACUUUCACAACAACAACUAUGGCUAUUAUGGCUCCCUGAUGGCGGAAGGCUACUACGGCUACUCCUUCAUCCUGGCCUGGGUGGCCUUCGCCUUCACCUUCCUCAGUGGCCUCAUGUACCUGGUCCUGAGGAAGCGCAAAUAGAGCUGCGGGCGCCGCCCGUCUCCCUGCAGCUUUUGAGACAGGAGAGAAACCUCUGCUGUGACAAGCAUUUGGGAACCUGGAAAAGAGACACUGGUGUAAGACAGGAAGCAUCUGGCAGAUCCUCAAGGAAACACAAUCAGCCCAGGCUUGUGGUCAUCACCAGCUACCCAAGGUCAUCUACAAGGUUAGCGAAGGCAUCCAAGAAGCAAGUGUUAGGACCAAAUCUGUUAUUGUAUCUGAGGGAACUGUAGUUUGCAUAUCUUAUGUGACUUAAAAAAAAUAAAGUACUGUAAUUCAUGGGGGGAGGGGUGAGACGGAGUCAGACUAACUUGUUUGUUUUGCAUUAAAAUGAUUCUGGGUUUCUGUUGAAAUGUGUUUGGAGAAUGCUUAGUAGGUUGCUCUGCACAAACAUGUGUGCACAGAUAUGAAUUCGGGAAAAUUACAGAACUCUUGUCCUCAUACCCUGCUGCAUUGUAUGUAGACAGGCUGACGUCCUACGAUUCUCUGUAAAUCUCACUCAGAACACAGCCACCUUGGGGAGCUAGGGUCAGCAAAAUCUGCCCUAGUGGAGAAUUAAAUGUACAGGUUACUGGCCACGCAGCAAGUGACACCAUUUUUUUUUUUUUAUUUUUGCAAAUCAGAAAAGGCCAUAGUGGUUAAGGAAAUGGCUACAGAAAGGCUGAGAGGUUAAUGAUCAAAUAAAAAUAACCUUUGAGGACAAAGGUGAUUUUAUGGUAGAUGCUUUCUACUUAAAUAUCUUUAAGAUAGUCCAUUUGCUAUGUUUCAUGUUAUCUGAAACUGUGUGAAAGAUAAAAUAUAAAACCAAAUGGCCCAGAGGGACAGAGUCCUGUGUUCCCCACCAGGAUGGAGGGGUGGGAGGCUGCCAGUCCCCUCAUCAAGAGGCUGGGUGGGGCUCAGUGAUUAAGCGUUUGCCUAAGAUCCUCAGUACUGAGAAUAAGAUAAAACAUGUAUAAUACCAUAUGCUUCUCUCAGAAGGCCAGCUGGUAUAGUUACACAAACUCCCACUGAAGGCAUGGCUCAAGUGGUAAAGCAUUUACUUAGUAAAAUAAUAAAGAUUUGUAAAUCAAGGUAAGAAUCCAAAGCUACCGAGAUUAAUGGAAGUCUAGUGGAGAGAUCACAUUAGACGGAGGUAUUCACUCAACACAUUUCUGCGUUGGCAGAACAGUACUGUGAACGCCGAACAUUUCAAUGGCACAAAAAUGAAAGAGGCACUUUUGCCACCCGGUGGCCAUUUGUCCAAAUUGUUCGUUUAGGUUUGGAGAUGAGAAAUUGCAGUUGCUGAAUUGCCCUUAAAGACAGUGCUCCAUCCCCCUCAACAGUUGGGUCAUGUUCCCUUGACUUGGAUCUCAAAUACAUACAUUUCUGCCUUAACUAAAGUCUCGAUCAGAAACAAAGCUACUUGGCUUGGCCAGAUACAAACUCCUAUCUCCUUGCUCACUGCCAUUAUGGUGUGUGUGUGUGUGUGUGUGUGUGUGUGUGUGUGUGUGUGUGUGUGUGUGUGUGUAUUCCUAGGCUGACCUGAAAUUCACUAUGUAGCCCAACCUGGCCUCAAACUUGAGAUCCCCUGUCUCAGCCUCUCAAGUGCUGGGAUUAUAGAUAUGAACCACCACAUCUGGCUCUUGUGUACUUUUUACUUGCUCAUCUCUGGUGGACCCCAGGACCCCACUAAAUUGGUCAAGAGGACAGGGACUAGAUUAUAGUUGUAAUUCUAUACAUUAGUGAUUGGGUCAAUAUCUGCCCAUAGUAUAUGUCCCCUAGUUCAUCGAUGGGAGAAUCUAUGAAUGAAGAAUCCACUGUGAAAAUGUAGUAGGUGGAUGGAAAUAAAGUGUUGGGUUGUUUGAGCUGUGUAUCUGUUAUGCCAGAUAUCUCUUAACUACUAAUUCCCUCUACAUCUUGAGCUAUCAUCCAGUUUACCAAGUUUAGACUCCUCAUUGGUCAGAGCGAUAACCACUGCCUGGGAAUUUACCAAAUCAGGUGUAUACAGUCUAUUGGUCCAAAAUAAGACCUCUAAUCUGUCUAAACUAAUAAUUUAUCCCCUAAGUCUUUGGGCUUGCUACCCUAGAGUCUCAGUAAAUGAGUAAGAUAUGGGUACAUGUUAUUGGCUAAUGAUGGAGGUGAUAGACAAAAUGUUUGAGCCCAAAGGAAACUGACUUCAACCUAAUUAAUUCAGCUCCUAGCAUGGUCAGCUUGGCUUUGGGCCUUUUGAUCAAUUUGAGAUAUCAGAAAGUGGCCAGACGGCUAAGAAUGUGGCUUAGCGGUAGAGUGC